GAUAGCGAGCACUCUGCAGGCCAACCGGACUGAAAACAAGAUCCUGCGGGGAAACUGAUCAACUAAAUUGCAAAUACCGUUGAAGAUUAAUACGAGCAUCAUCAAACAUGCAAUCCGCGUGUCUCGUAGCUCAGCAGACGCCCUUCGCCGCCUCACCUCGACUGGUCUCAAACGGGGGCUCACAUUGUUCACUACACGCCAGCAGUAAAUCUGCCCUGUGGAGACCAUGGCUCGUGACUCGCGACAAUGCGCAAACGAGAUGCCAGAGAAGUCAGCUUGCUUGUCCUUACUCCAGACCUCCUGUGUCAGGCGCCACCACAGCCUCCAGCAAACUACAGCCCUUUCAGCACCCUGUCAGGCUUUUCUGGCCCAAAUCGAAGUCAUAUGACUACCUGUACAGCGAUGGAGACGCCUUGCUCAGAAACUUCCCUGUGCAAGCGACGAUCAGCUUCUAUGAGGAAUCGGACAGUGACAGUGACGAGGAAGACGAGGACGAUGAGGAAGAAGAACAGCUGAUGGAGGCAGAGCAGAAAGGCCAGUCUCAGGACUGUGUCCAGUCUCGCCCUUGCUUUAGUACCUUGAAUUAAAUCCACGGACACACUGACGAUGGCCCAGACGGAGGUGGAGAACUCUGGUUUCUCUGCCGUAAGUGAACAGGACUGACCAGACGAGGACAGCCUCUAAAGUGACCAUCAGAAGCAGGGCUUUGGUAGCUGACGGCCAAGCUUACUCCAGCCAGCAUCAGUGCUCUCCCUGCUCCCUGCUCCCUGAGAAACGAAAACGCUCCCACUCUUUGAAACGACGCACGCGUGGUAUUAGAAGUUCCUUUUGGGAACAGAAUCAUUGGCGAACAGAUGGAUCUCACAUUGGGACGGUGCUGUUUGCCAUCCAUCUCAGGACCUAACUCUUGUUACUUUUUUUUAAAUUAUAGUGUACAUAUCCACAUGAAUAUAUUUAUAUUUAUAUUGACUAUUUUUCUACUUUUUCCAUGUUAUGCCAAA